AUGACUCUAGAUCCACCUGUUGAUACGAGGGUCGAAAGCGUCGGAUUAGAUGCUGCUGGCCUUGUCGCACUUGCCGAUAUUGGAACGGUACAAGAACGAACUGUCCUGACUGGAACCUCCUCGAUAUUAGAUAUUUUCGUUCUAGUUCCUGGGCUUCAUUUACAGCAGAAGGCCCCUGGGUUAAAUGCUGGGGAGCACCCAGCAUGUGCCGCUCUUACUUCCGGUUAUGUUUUCCGAGUUGAAAACCCGGCAACUGUUUUCUACCUACAACGAGUCGGGAGAACCGGCCAGCUGACACAUGUUGAGGUUCGAAAGGUUGAAGAGCCAACCACGUGGUAUCGCAGUCUAUUCUUGGCAUUAUUACCGGGUCAAGAGAUGACUUUUUUGCCCAUAGCUGCCUACAUUCUAGCUGUCUCGUGGGGACUAGGAGUUUUGAUCCUUCUUACCCUUUCUAGGGACUGGUGGGGUCUUAUUAUGUGCGGAUGCCUCAUGAUUUCUCGAUUUAUCAACUUUAUCAUAAUUCAACUACGGGACCGCCCGGGUUGGACUGGUGCAGAUGAGGAAGGGGAAAAGGGCGACUUACUUAUUCUUCUAAGCGAAGAUCGGUGGGUUAGAAUGAAGGGUUAUGUUAACGACCUCAAGGCAGUGACAUCUGGGCAAUGGCUGAGACGUGAACACCCUUUAGAAGGUUGGUUUACUGCGAUCGCAACUGUGAUUGUAUAUCUCGUUGCUGCUCUCGCCGGAAACGUGGAGCAAUUUGGGAAGAUCCUUUUGCUUUGUCUCUUUGUAGGCUCGGCCGGUCUCCUUGCGCUUGCGAAUACCGCUACCAAGCAGCUUCACAUGCACGGGCGCGUUCUCGAAGUGGUUGGGAAACGCAUAUCCUACAAGCGACGUAAAGACCUUACGGACGAACUGAUCAAAGAGACCGGUAGGGAUGAUUGGGCCCUUGGGAUGGGAAUGAAACCAAUGAGCCAAGAUAUUAAGGGCUUUAGAAGGGGUACUGCAGUCAUAACCUAG